CGAUGACGGUUAUGGUAUUGAGCCAUGCCUUAUGACUCCCUUCAGAAAUCCUACUCUAGGUGCAGAAAUAAAUUAUAAUAAGCUUUUAAAACAAGAAAGAGUUAUAAUUGAACGCUGUUUUGGCCAACUGAAACGCCGGUUUCCUUUCGUACAGUAUGUUUGCCGCGUAAAGUUGGAAAAUGUGCCGAAAAGAAUUAUUGCUUGUAUUGUACUCCAUAAUGUUGCGAAGAGCUUGGGACUUUGACUUAGUUGAACAAGACCCAGAUGAAGAUAUAGAAAAUCAUGAGAGUGACGAACUUUCUCUCCGCCAACUAGAAAAGAUAUCUCAAAGCCCAUUAGAACCAUAUGACUGCAAAUAUCAUGUAGAAAUAGUCUCUAACUUGAAGGAUAAAAAUCGUUUGAAGGAUUUCAACGAAAUUGCUAUAGUGGCGCAAUUUGAUGUUUCACCCCUCAUGGAAAUUGAUAUCCAACAGUUUGCAACUUCUGUUACGCAGAAUUUUAGCGGAGACAUCGCUGCGACUGAAAUGGAUGUGAUUGAGUUUCAGUAUUGGAAUGGCGGUAUCAAAUUAUACUCCAAACGUUAA